CCCACAGAAAAGUGACAGUCUUCCCCUAACAGGCCACAGGCAGUACACUAACCCGCCCUGGAGUCUCAACAUUUAUCAGGGAACUACCUCUUGUAUCCAGAUAAAGUUUACCAAAUUGUUCCAACUUUUUCAAUUGCAUUUUUUGGAACAACUUACUUAAUAUUUCUUUAAGUCUUUUCUGGAAGUUUGAGAAUCUUUUCAGCUUAUGCUAGGGUUUUAUAACAAAAUUUUGAAAUUCUGCCUUACAACUGGAAUGGACUAAGGUGACAAAAAGUGAGAAACUAGAGGGGUGAGAGGAGGACGCAGGGGUGCAGCUUUCACAUUUGGGAUGACUUUCCACAAGGAGAAACUUCAUUCAGCUUUGCCAGGAGAGCAAGGCAACUGAGGGAGCCUCAUCAGUUCUCUACAGAUAUCACGUCUUGGCAGGCUUUGGUGAGUUGGACACAAACUCAUGGAUCCUCCUUCAAUGGUCCUGCUGGGGCUCCUUCUUGUUUAUGGACUAUCCUGUGGUGUUCAGCAGACUCUGGGGAGCGCAUCAGACAGCAGACAUGGAAAGGACAGGGCCCAGGAAUUUGAGAGUAGUGAGGAUGGUCUAGAAAGAGAGUUCCUCUUCGCUGGAAGGAGCAAACGGGCUCCAGCUGACCCACAGCAGGACAAAUGCUCUUACACUUUCAUUGUACCUCAACAGAAAGUGACCGGAGCCAUCUGUGUCAACUCUAAGGAGCCUGAGGCAAUGCUGGAGAAUCGGGUCAACAAACAAGAGUUAGAGCUGCUAAAUGUGGAGCUACAAAAACAGAAGAGGCAGAUAGAGACCCUGCAGCAAUUGGUAGAGGUGGACGGAGGGAUUGUCAAUGAAGUCAAGCUGCUGAGGAAGGAGAGCCGAAACAUGAACUCCAGAGUCACUCAGCUGUACAUGCAGCUGCUCCAUGAGAUCAUCAGGAAGAGAGACAAUGCCUUAGAAUUGGCUCAGAUGGAGAACAAGAUCCUGAACCAAACCUCUGAGAUGCAACUUCUCACCAGUCGAUACAAAGAUCUCGAGCACAAGUACCAGCAUUUGGCAUCUUUGGCCACGAACCAGUCAGCUCUUAUUGCCCUCUUGGAGGAGCAGUGCCAGAGCCGCCCACCUCCUCGUCACAUGCCAGUUCCCCAGCCCCGGCCUCAGCCACCUCCACAAUCACCACCGCUCAACAAGCCUUACCCACCACCUGUCCUUCCACGCAUUAACAACCCAAUCAGCAACGAGAUCCAGAGUGACCAGAAAUCUCUGCCGCCUCUUCCAACAAUGCCCACCGGCACACACAGCCCCUCCACCACUGACAAGCCCUCUGGACCAUUUAAGGAUUGUCUGCAGGCUCUGGAAGAUGGCCACACUACCAGCGGUAUGUAUCUGGUGAAGCCUGAAAAUGCCAACAGGCUUAUGCAGGUGUGGUGCGACCAGAGACAUGACCCAGGUGGCUGGACUGUGAUCCAAAGAAGGCUGGAUGGCUCUGUCAACUUUUUCAGGAACUGGGAGACGUACAAGCAAGGUUUUGGCAAUAUAGAUGGGGAGUACUGGCUUGGUUUGGAAAACAUCUACUGGCUGACUAACCAGGGAAACUACAAACUACUUGUCACGCUGGAGGACUGGUCUGGCCGCAAGGUGUUUGCAGAGUAUGCCAGCUUCAGAGUGGAGCCUGAAGCAGAUUUCUACAAGCUAAGGGUGGGCCGCUACCAUGGAAAUGCUGGAGACUCCCUCACUUGGCAUAAUGGCAAGCAGUUCACAACACUGGACAGAGAUCAUGAUGCAUAUACAGGAAACUGUGCCCACUACCAGAAGGGAGGGUGGUGGUACAACUCUUGUGCCCAUUCAAAUUUGAAUGGCGUUUGGUACAGAGGAGGACAUUAUCGCAGCCGCUACCAAGAUGGAGUUUACUGGGCCGAGUUCAGAGGAGGAGCUUAUUCACUAAAGAAAGUGGUCAUGAUGAUCCGUCCAAACCCAAAUACCUUCCACUAAGGAUCCAAGGAAGACGACUGUACUGUGUCUCACUAAAGACAGACAUUUCAGCUCCUUAAUCCCAAGCAAGCAUUAUCAUUUUUGUUUGAUUGGGUGGCACCAGGACAAGCAAGAUGACAAAGAAUGAAAAUUUUGAAGUGCAAUAUCAGAACACCAGGCAGAUAUUCUGGUACCAUAGUCAAAGAUUGUGCGCACCUUGUGCAUUGUAAUCCAGUUAUCUGUACCAUUUUUCACUUUUGAAUAUGGGGCAGUUAGGAUAUGUGCAAACAGCUCAGGAGUUUUUGAAAUACACUGUCUUUGAUUAAGCAAAGAUCUGUUUAGCUGACAGUACUCCCAUUUGAUGAAAAAUGAAACAAUUGGUGCUUUUUAAGUUGAAAAAAAAGAACACAAUAAUUCAUUUGUUAAGGUUUGAGAUAGGAACCCUAUAUAUUUAGUUUAUACAUUUUUUAACAAGCAAGGAGAUUGACACAGGAAACAAUUCCAGUGAAUUUUGAAUUUCAUUUUGAAACAUUUUUUUAAAAUGUGUAAGUAAUAGGUACAGUAACAUUUACUAACUUGUAAUACAGGGUUAAUAUUCUGGCCAGUUUUACUUAUUACAGUAUACUAAAUAUACUUUACAAAUAGCGCAAUAUUAUUUUCUUGCAAAAAUCAAGACUGGUAAUAUCAAGACUUUAAGAUAAUGUUUUUUUUUUUCAUAGAUCUAGGUACUUUUAACAGAUCUGAGAAAGAAAAUCUACUCAUCACCAAACCUUUUGAGGGGAAAACCCGUUUUUAAAGUCCUGCUUCUUUUGUAAUAAUGCAUUUAUUGAAAUCUUGAAUUGCUUGAAGAGGUAUCCAUCAAUUUGCUUGUAUGAAUCAAGCACUGUAUUUACUGUAUAAAUUAAGCAGUUUGUUGAUGUCAAUAGAUCCAACACAUUGCAUUUGUACAUAAAAGGUUAUUUGUAAUAUAAUGUAUUAAAACAUGUUUUGACUAUUCAUUUGCAAUAAAAAUGUACAGCUUG